AUGGACGACGACCUCAAGGGACUGUCCCUAGAGGAAAAGGUGGCGCUCAUCGCCGGGAAGGACUUCAAUCGGACCACGAGUAUCCCGAGGGUGGGUGUGCCCUACCUCAAGGUUUCCGAUGGACCGAGCGGCGUGCGGGGCAUGGAGACGGGCCUCGAGCAUUUUCUUGGCUUUCCCUUUCACGUAAGCGGCAAGCCUCCCGUCACGGCGGCCGUCUACCCCUGCUCCACUGCCCUCGCCGCCACCUGGGACAGGUCCCUGGCCCGGAAGGCCGGAAGCGGCAUCGCGCGAGAUGGAAAGACAAAGAACUGCGCCAUGAUCCUGGCGCCCACCAUCAACCUCAUUCGCGAUCCACGAUGCGGCAGGUCGUUUGAGGCGUUCUCAGAAGAUCCCCUUCUGACUGGCGAGCUAGCGCUUGCGUGGGUCAGGGGCGCCGAGGACGAUCAGGGCAUCCUUGUGACCCUCAAGCACCUCGUCGGCAACGAGUGCGAGACAAAUCGGCACGGCAGCAACGUCAUCGUCGACAAGGACGUGCUCAACGACGUCUACCUGCGCCCCUUUGAGAUUAUCAUACGCGCAAAGCCCGACGUGGGAGCCAUCAUGAUGGGCUACAACUCGAUCAACGGCGAGCCCUGCUCUUCGCACUCCUCUCUCAUCCGCGACGUCAUCCGCCGCGACUGGGGCUACGAGGGCUUGGUCAUGAGCGACUGGUUCGGGACAUACAAGAAUGCAGAGAGCCUCCGUGCGGGACUAGAUCUCGAAAUGCCCGGACCGGCGAACCAUCGGACGGUGGAGAACGUCCGGAAGCUUCUCGCGAACAAGGAGAUCGAGGAGAGGCACAUCGACGAGGCGGCGGCCAGGAUGAUGCGGCUGGUGUUGCGGGCGAAACAUCUGGCAAAGGAGCACGGCUAUAAGCUCUUCACAGAGGAAGAAAGAGACAAAGACGUCGAGACAAGUGCGCCAGACGACGAGGCAAUGAGAAGCGACGCCGUCGAGAUCGGCACGGCGGCCUGCGUGCUGCUCAAAAACGAGGACCAGCUUCUGCCACUCGAGCCCGAGCGUCAGCACAUCAAGCGAGUGGUUCUCAUCGGAGAGCCAGCAAGGUCGCCAGCGCUGACGGGUGGCGGCAGUGCGGCCUUGAAUCCCCAUCGAGUCGUCACGCCACUGGAUGCGAUCCGGGCCCAUCUCGAGCAGAACCACGCCCAGGUCAGCGUCGAAUGGCUGGCCGGGUGCGAGGUGCGGCCCUGCAUCCCCGAUCCACUCAUCGACGAGCACCUCGAGGGCAAGCCGAUCGACUUUACCUGGCACGACGUCGGUUCAGACGAGCCCUAUCACAAAGAGUCACAGUCGCUUCCCCAGUAUCGAGGCUUCCUCGGCGGGUUCCAACCUCGGAGCAGUGCAUUGGAGAUCCGUGCCGAGUUCGACAUGACGGCAUCCACGAGCGGAGAGCACAGCAUCAGUCUCCAGGCCUUUGGCUCCCUCUCACUGCACCUCAGUGGUCCUGCUCUUGCAGAGGAUUGUGUCUGGGAGUACGAUGGGGAGUCUGUGACGCCUGCCAUGAUGUUUGAUCCGCGCAAGAGGUUGGAGACGCGACGUUUUCACAUCACGGCCAAGCGUCGCCUUCAUGUUCGCCUCUGCUACCGGCCUCCUGCGCAUCCCAUCAUGGCGCUACCGGGGGGCCACAGCGCCGCUUUCCGACUUGGAUUUCAGGAGGCCUCUGACGAGCGCAAGCCAAUCGAUGAGGCAGCAGCGGCGGCAGCGCAGGCCGACGUCGCACUCGUCUUUACCGCGACGGGCGCGGCGUUUGAGAGCGAAGGCAUCGACCGCACCGACAUCGCGCUGCCCUGCCGGCAGGACGAGCUGGUCGCUGCUGUGGCAAAGGCAGCGCCCGCCCGCACGAUCGUCGUCAAUGCCAGCGGCUCGGCAGUGACGAUGCCCUGGGAAAAGGAUGUAGGCGCCAUCUUGCAGGCCUGGUUUGGCGGGCAGGAGGUGGGGCAGUCGAUCUGCAAUGCCCUUUUCGCCAUCGACGGCAAUGGUCCGUCGGGCCGGCUGCCCAUGACGUGGCCACGCGAUCUCCAGGACCACGCCAGCUUUGCCAACUUUCCCACGUCUGGCGGGCACCCCGUUGAUGUCCGCUACGACGAGGGACAUCUGUACGGCCAUCGCUGGUACGAGGCGCGGGGUAUACAGCCACUCUGGUGGUUCGGCCACGGCCUCUCCUACACCACAUUCCGCGUCAAGGCUCUCGAGUCCGUCGACGACACCGUCAAGGUGCUGGUGGUCGAGAACAUUGGAGGCCGACCAGGAAGGAACACUGUCCAGAUCUAU